AUGGGUACAGCCGAGACGUCAGGCCAGUGUCUUUGCCCAAAUGGUCAUGGUGCCGCCACGCUCGCUACAGACAGGAAAAACGUCAGGGGCAUAGAACCUCAACUGCAACACGUCCACGAUCUUCCUCGUCGCCAGACCUUUGGUUUUUACGAUGGAAGCGAUCCCCAAGACUGCAUCAACAACUGUCGCGAAAGCUUCUUUAGCCUGCUGCUCGACACGCCCCCGUCUGAGGACGACAGCACCGAUACCACACCUUCAGAGGUCUGCUCGCUUCUCUCGGCCGACGGUAUCAGCGACAUCCUCUGGCAACUCUACUGGUGCGACUCGGCCUUUUGCGGCGUCUGGAUAGAGGCCGGCACCUCUGGACAGGAUCCCAACGUCGACCGCCUCAUAAAUCAGUGUCAAAACAUCGGCUACUCGUCCGUGUACGAUCCAGGAUCGCCGGCAUCCGACUAUUCCUGUAGCAGCCUGCUCAUGGCUGUUUCAGCUGGCAACCCAUGUUGGAACACGGUCGAAGUAUCCGCAACAAGCACAUCGGACAGCAGUAUUCUCACAUCCCCGGCAGCGGCAAUGGCCCCCAGUCUCAUUACUGGCGAGCUUCCGACACCGCUUAUCUCGCCAGCACGCUCACGCAAUUCUGCCGCAUCUUCAGCACGGCCGUCGUCUUUGAAUGGCGGGGUUGGUACUUUUGCCACUGCUGCAUAUGGAGCCUAUGGCGGAGGCUCGUCCACCGCUGAGACUUGGCCGUCCCAUCCGCCGCGUGACCAUCGACGCGGCCGCAGCAGAUUCCUGCCAGCAAGGCUUUUUCGCAGAGACAUCAGACGGGGCACAUCACCACCACUGACAUCUCUGUCGCCACCACCAAGUCCAACAACCGGCGGUGGUGGUGGUGGAGCCGGGGGCUUCUAUGGCUACACUGACACGUCCAUCCCUUACUAUUUUCCCAGUUCGCCCAGCUGUGCUCCCACAACAAACAGACUCGAGCCACGCCGUGAGGCGAAGCCAAUGCCCAGAGCCGCCAGACUCAACUUGAGAGAAAUGAGGCAGAAGCAGCAGCAGCAGCAACAAGAAGAAGAAGAACAGAAAAGCCACGACAUCCUCCACAGCUCCCGCCGAGCCGCACCGCCUCCUCCUCCCAGCUCUCUCAUCUCUCUCUCGCUCUCCCUGCCAUCCGUGGCAGCUUUGGUGUCUAAAGAUGAUGGAUCCUCGUUUGUCAACAGUGGCAGGAUACCCUCAAAGAUCGGUGCAGGCGCUGCUGUGCAGUCCUGCUCUCCGUCUACUCCAAUUUCUCCAGCGGCGUCAUCGAGCAUCUACGGCCAUGCACUGACUACCGACGCCGUCGACCCCAUGGUUGUACUGCCUACAGUUGUCUCUCCAUACUACAGUGACGGAGGUGGUCCAGCGUCUGUGUCGCCGGCGUCGGCCCUGUCUGCUCGCAACUUCUCUUCCGGUGUGCCAUCGCCACCGUCAGCACCACUGCCGUCCCGUCCUCUCUUUCCUCCCAUGAGCCCGAGCCGGCCGUCACGGCCUCACGAUACACCACUCGAGAUUCCUGACCUCAUCAUGCCAAGAACGCCACCACCAGUUGGCCCCUUUUAUACCAAAACAGCCAGAGUAUCGACCUCGUCGCCUUUCUUCUCGUCCACAGCCUCGCAGAGCGGAGGCAGAGACCGAACCCGGGAUAGCAGAGGUGACAGUGACAGCGACAUUCGUUUCUCUCUCUGUGCACCUCCCGAUCGUGCUCUGCCACCACUGCCUUUGCAAUCACCUCCGACCUCGCCACCGAAACAGCCGAGAGACUCCAGUGUAAUGCUGACACGGGAUGGUGAUCCGAACGACGAGGCAUGGGCCAGUCAGAAAUACCGGCCGGUUAAUACGUCCACAGAGCUGCCAGAAAGUGGCAGCGCCUCGACAGCUGCUGCCGACGGUGUCACGUUCACGUCGUCCUUCUCAUCGGCAGCAACUGCGUCCACGACAAAGUCUACGGGGGUUUUGGGCUAUCCAAGCGAAGUGCUAUCCACGCCGUCGUCUCCAGCGUCCGUAUACUCGACAGUCACAGACAGCUCGAGUCGGACCGUCCGGAAGGCCAUUGACACUCACAGCCGGAUGGCUUUAUACGCACCCUCUACAUCAUCCGAGAUACCAGAGAGCUAA